GCGAGAGGGAGAGAGACGCAGAGAGCGAUAGACUGCAUUCCAGCUGAACAAAUCCAACCUUUUGGCAGAGCAGCAGCCAGCGGUGUCUACCUGCCUUGCUACCUAUCUGUCUGUCUCUGCCUGUCUGGCUCCGGCGUUGAUACCGGUAGCAUCCUCCCCCAUCCUCCCCCAUUCUCUCCCCUCCAUGGGUGGAGGUGCUCAGCUCUGCUUCUAGCAGACCAGGAGGAGACCAGGAGGAGACCAGGAGGACUCGGGGACUGGUGGUCUGCCAGGUCCCAGCAGGUGUCCCCGGAGCCCAGCAGAACACUCGGGGUCCCCCUGGAGCCGGUGGCCUGCAGAGACCAGCCGGUCCUCUCUGGAGACGGAACUACGGAGCCGGAGAUCAGGACUAAAGUUCUGUCACCACGGCUUUGGAACAGGCUCUGAUCCGCUUUACUGGUUUUGGAUUUUCUCUUUGUGGCGGAGCGGCGAGCGUCUUGUGGAAUAUAGAGCUGGACGCCGCAGAAGGUCGUAUUGACGUCAUAGUGAUGUACUAGUGACGCCUUAAGGACAUCAAAGUCACCUUUGACACCGCAGGAGGCCAGGGUUCACUGAGGGAUCAGAAGAGCCGGGGGAACCGGGACAGACCUCCAAACAGCGGGCCAUGGCACAGAGGACCCCUGCUGCUCAGAGCGAGCCGUGACAGGGUGGACUUCGACCAGAGUCAUGAUGGCCUCAUGCUGGCCCCUGUUCCUGGGUCUGGCCCUGCUGGCGGUCCUGCUCGGUGCCGCUCGGGGCUGUCCAUCCCGCUGCGAGUGCUCCGCCCAGAGCAAGGGGGUGGUCUGCCACCGCAAGCGCAUGCCAAGCAUCCCAGACGGCAUCCCCAUCGAGACUCGGCUCCUGGACCUCAGCAAGAACAAGCUGACCAUGAUCAACCCCGACGACUUUUCUGCCUUCCCCGGUCUGGAGGAGCUGGACCUGAGCGGGAACAUCGUGAGCUACGUGGAGCCGGGCGCCUUCAACUCUCUGUUCACCAUGCACACGCUCAGCCUCAAGAGCAACCGCAUCAAGCUGAUCCCCCUGGGAGUGUUUACCGGAUUGACCAACCUCACAAGGCUGGACAUCAGCGAUAACAAGAUAGUGAUCCUGUUGGAUUACAUGUUCCAGGACCUGCACAACCUGAGGUUCCUGGAGGUGGGGGACAACGACCUGGUUUACAUUUCUCACCGUGCAUUCAGCGGACUCUCCAGCCUGGAGAUACUGACUCUGGAGCGGUGCAACCUGAGCGUGGUGCCCACGGAGGCGCUGUCCCACCUGCACAACCUGGUGAGCCUCCACCUGAGGCACCUCGGCAUCAGCUCCCUGCACCCGUACUCCUUCAAGAAGCUGUUCCGCCUGCAGCACCUAGAGAUCGACAAUUGGCCCUCCCUGGACCUGGUCCCGGUCAACUCCCUGCAUGGCCUCAACCUGACCACCCUCUUCAUUACCAACACCAACCUGUCCGCCUUCCCCUCCCAGGCGCUGAAGCACCUGCCCUUCCUGACGCACCUCAACCUGUCCUUCAACCGCAUCCGCCACAUCGAGGCGGGGAUGCUGCUGGAGCUGGUGCGGCUGCGGGAGCUGCACCUGGUGGGGGCGCAGCUGUCCAGCAUCGAGCCCCACGCCUUCCAGGGCCUCCGCUGGCUCCGGAUCCUCAACGUGUCCCACAACCACCUGGACACCCUGGAGAAGGGUGUGUUCCAAGCGCCCGAGGCCUUGGAGGUGCUGCUGAUCGACCACAACCCCCUGGUGUGCGACUGCCGGCUCAUGUGGCUCCUCCAGAAGCGUCAGUUCGUGUUCUUCGGCGAGGCGCAGCCGGAGUGCAGCACACCAGAGGGGAUCCGCGGCCGCGCCUUCAAGGAGUUCAAGGAGAUGCUGCUGUCCUACUACGUGACGUGCACCAAGCCCAAGAUCCGGGAGAACCGGACGCAGACGGUGACGGUGGACGAGGGCCAGCAGGCCCUGCUGCGCUGUACGGCCGAAGGGACCCCACGGCCCACCGUGUCCUGGCUAUCGCCGAGGAGACGCCUGCUCACCAGCAAAAGCCACGGGAGGGUCCGCGUCCACGGCAACGGGACGCUGGAGAUCGUGUCGGCGGAGGUACAGGACAGCGGCGUGUACCUCUGCCUGGCGUCCAACACAGCGGGGAACGACUCCCUGAUGACCUCGCUGGCGGUGAAGAGCUUAGGGUCGCUCUACGCCAACAGGACCCAGUACCACGCCGACACCGGCAAUGCCACCGGCAACGGCACAGCCAACAUCACCCUGGGCUUGGACCUUAAGACUAUCCUGGUGUCGACGGCCAUGGGCUGCUUCACCUUCCUUGGGGUAGUGUUGUUCUGCUUCCUGCUCCUGUUUGUGUGGAGCCGGGGCAAAGGGAAGCAUAAAAACAACAUUGACGUGGAGUACGUUCCGCGCUCCAAGUCCAACGGGACCAACGUGGAUUCGGCCGAUGCACAGGCCGGGCCACGCCGCUUCAACAUGAAGAUGAUGUAACCGCUUUUUUAGAGACGGGAAUCCAGAGGACAUUCAGAUGCCGGAGAAGAUUAUGUAUUUUUAUUGUAGACGGGAUGGAGCGCCCUCCUGGCGUCGGGAGCGAUGAGGGGCGAGGAAGGGGAUUGCGUGAUCUUGUGAUUCCCGAAAUGCAUUAAAGUUGACAUGUGUUCUCGCGUCGUUGCCAGAGCGACAACUUCUUCAAUUUAUGGACGGGGCGACGGACAUCCGCACCACAAAUACUGAAAGUAAAAGACCUCCUGCUUUUGGGAAUGUAUUAAAAAAAGAAGGCAAACAAUCACGGCCGUUUGGGGCCCCAGACUUGGCUGAACCGUGUACAGUGAACAUUUGUAUCCAAGCUAUUACUCGACCUUAGUCUUGCUCCAUGCUUCUUCCCUCACUCUGCAGAGCCACGCCCAUCCCUCCCUAUGUUCGGUACUUUGCACAUGUGUACCCCUGCUUCAUUGUGUCCAUGUUCGUACGUAUCCAUCCUGAAGAACAACUCAUAGCAAUACUCAUAGGAUGUGUAAUCCUGGAGCUUCAAGCAGACCUGGAGCAGGAAGGCUUCUGUUGGGGACCAUCAGAUAUGAAACCUGUUCCUCGAUUGACUCCACAUUAUGGUAUAUUUAUAUUUAUAUAUAUUAUUAUUAAAUAUACAAAUAUUUUAUUUAUCAAACAUUCAGAAGGUUUCCGAACGGAGUCCUUGAUCGAUACGUGGGCGGGGCGAGCGUUUGAAACCUCCGCCAUGUUGGACCAGGUAGCCGGUCUCUGAGAGGAAGUGGGUAUGGCCGAGGAACCAAUCAGCUGUCCUGUCUCAUUGUGUCUCCUUCCAUUCUUUUGAUCAUGCUUGGCGCCAUUUUAAAGUGACUAUCAUAUUUUCCCCCGUAACAAAGUUGUGGUAGGUUCCCAUUUUGUUGUAAAGUCAUUUAGAUUCUGAAAAGUUAAAAAGUAAACAAAAAAUCAGAUGUAUGUGAAAUAAAUGAAAAUGUAUU